AUGGCCGCGCCAUACGACAGCAAAGACUUCUGGGAGCGGGCGGACAAGUACCUGAUGAACACGGGCGCACCAUUCACGCCGAUAAUCAUCACACGAUCGAAAGGGACUUACAUAUACGACGUCGACGACCGCGAGAUCAUCGACUUCACGUCGGGCCAGAUGAGCGCGAGCCUGGGCCACGGACACCCUGAGAUCGCGGAGACGGUGGCCAAGUACAUCUCGGAACUCGACCACUUGAACAGCACGAUCCUGUGUCCGCCGGUCGUCGAUCUGGCGACCAAGUUCGCGCAGAUCCUGCCCGCCCCGCUGUCCAAGUCGUUCUUCCUCUCCACGGGCUCCGAGUCGGUCGAGGCGGCGAUCAACAUCGCGAAGCGCGCGACGGGCAAAUUCGAGAUCGUCGCCUUCUCCGCGAGCUACCACGGCGCGACCCAGGGCGUCGCCUCCGCGACGUACUGCAUGGGCCGUAAGCACGGCUUCCCCGUGGUGCCAGGGCAGCUGGCGUUUCCGGCGCCGCACGGCCCGUCCUCGCGGUUCAGGAAGCCCGACGGCAGCUACGACUGGGCGACGGAGAUGGACUUCGGGUGGGCGAUGGUCGACGCACAGUCGGUGGGGUCGCUCGCGGCGUUCGUGUUCGAGCCGAUCCUGUCUGCGGGCGGCAUCAUCGAGCCGCCACUGUGGUACCUCAAGCGGAUGGCCGCCGAGUGCAGGAAGCGCGGCAUGCUGGUCAUCGCGGACGAGGCGCAGACGGGCCUUGGCCGCACGGGCGACAUGUUCGCGUUCCAGCGCGACGAGAUCGUCCCGGAUAUCCUCGCGCUGUCCAAGUCUCUGGGCUGCGGCAUUGCGUUAUCGGCUGUCAGCACGACGCCGGAGAUCGCACAGCGCGCCGUCGAAAGGGGCAUGCUCUGGGUCACGACGCAUCAGAACGACCCCCUGCCCGCCGCCGUCGGCUGCAAGGUCCUCGAGAUCGUCGCGCGCGACGGGCUCGUCCAGGCUGCGCGAGACCGCGGGACCCAGCUGCGCGACGGCCUCCUCGCCCUGAAGGACAAAUACUGGUGCGUCGGCGAGCUGCGCGGCCGGGGCCUGCUCCAGGGGUUGGAAAUCAUCGGCGACCCGGUGACAAGGGCGCAGAGCAACGAGCUGGGCGUUGUUGUUGCAGAGAAGGCCCUCGAAUUCGGUCUCAGCUGCCAGAUCGUCUCGCUGCCCAACGCGGCGGGCUUGUUCAGGAUCGCGCCUCCGCUGACCGUCUCGGAGGAGGAGGUCGCGAAGGCGUUGGAUAUCCUGGAUCGCGCCUUUGCCGCCGCGCUGUAUACGCAUCCCCUGCCGAGCUUGCCGGUGCCGUACGCCAAGAAUCCGACCUCGUCCGGGCUCGUUGCUGCCGAUGCCAUUGCUGCUGAGCCUAGCCCUCGUCUAUGA